ACCAAAGAGCGCAUCAGAGGGAGAUGGCUGGUUUGAUCACACGCAACGCGCACUUGCUCUGGAUUGUAAGAUAGCGGCGGCAGCGCAGCAGCUCGGCGGCGGCUCGGUGAAUGAGGAGCAGCCAAGAAGUUACUUUCACAGACUUUUGAUCGUGGUGCGUAAAAUGAGACUGGCGCGCAAAAGUCUUCGCGGAAGCUGAUGUCCAAAUUCUGAACCCUGAAAAGUUGAACGGAAAACAAGCUGUGAAGAAGUAGUGGUAAAAAGUCUUCCCUUGGCACGGAUGCUGUUGGAUGUCGCCCCGAGUCCUGUUUUUUGUCUCUUUGAUCUCAUCUAAGCUAUGGCUUACUCUCAGCUGGGAUACCCCUACGCCACCACACCGCAGUUCCUGAUGACGCCCAGCUCUCUGGCCGGGUGUCUGGAGCCGGGGACGCCUCCGUCCCACCCGGCGCUGCGCUCCCCGGGCCACCAGCUCGCCUCCACCGGCGGCAUCGGAGUCUACGGCGGAGCUUAUCCAAAGAGCCAAGGUUACUACAACACCUGCGGCAGCGACGCCACCGCGCUCUAUCCCAGAGGGCCACUAGAUCCCAAAGAUGCAGCUGCAUCCGUGGGGACGUCUCAGACUCCUGCCUACUAUCCCUAUGACUAUACAUUUGGACAAUAUCCAUACGAUAGAUACGGGUACUCCUGCUCUGACAGCGCGUCGCGUCGUAAAAACGCCACCCGGGAGACCACCAGCACCCUGAAGGCUUGGCUGCAGGAACACCAGAAGAACCCCUACCCUACGAAGGGAGAGAAGAUCAUGCUGGCCAUCAUCACCAGGAUGACCCUCACACAGGUGUCCACAUGGUUUGCCAAUGCACGCCGGAGGCUAAAGAAGGAGAACAAGGUGACGUGGUCACCGCGGGCUUGUAAGAGCUCUGACGAUCGUGGCUGUGAUGAUGAUAGCGACGAAGCUGAGAAGCCCUACGAAAACGCCAAAGACCUCCCGGACCAACCGUGUGCAAACCUGCAGAGUGACUUGGAGGACUUUGACCUGCUGGAUUCGGACGGCUCCGACUGCGAAUCGAAGCCACGGUUCCUACCUGCGGACAGUGACCGGAGCACAGACCUCCCGCGCGGGCAGCUGGCACACAGCGCUGACCCGCAGCUCGGCAACGAGAGGCUGUCUCCGGACUGCCCCAAACUCACGCCGGUCAAACAGCGAGACCACGGCUUCUAUCCCAACCCAGACCCUCGAAGCGCGGACGCCAAGCCCAAGAUCUGGUCCAUCGCUCGGACCGCCGCGUCCCUGGACGGAAGCUUGCAGCCAGAAUACCCGCCCUGCAUGCUGUCGUCCUCGGGCUCGCCCUCCCACGGGUAUCCGUCAAACAUGGCGCUGACCAAGGCAGACCGGGAGCGGGAGUCGCCGGUCGCCACGCUCAGAGAGUGGGUGGACGGGGUUUUCCACGGCCCGCCCUUCCAGCAGCUCAAGCCGGUGGAGGCGUGGAAGGGCUUGACUGACGCCCCGGCAGACGGCAGGACACGCGGACAGUCGUACGAACCCGCGAGGCCUGCGUCGUCUUCGCAGGCCUGACGGACACGUCGUCGGCGGAAUAUAAAAAGACUGCUGGACUUGAAACUGAAAAGUCUACUUUUUGUUGUUGUGACUAAUCGACUAAUUGGCUGUCCGCUAAGCGCUAGCCCGCGUAGUCACUGUGGCUAACGCCUGUCGAGCUUCCCGUACACGCACGCGGCACGUACGCAGUUUACACUGAUCACGGUGGCACUGUCAAAUGUUUGUACUGUUUUUUUUGUAAUUGUUAAAGAUUUAGUGAUUGAUGAUUGACAGUGGUAGGUAAAAGCAGGCUUCUCCAACAACGACCAUCGACUGAUUCCGUUGGCGCCGUGUAAGGGAAUCCGACUCCGCUUGACUUUCUCAUGUGUCCUGCUGUAUCUUGAAUUCAAGUUUGUAUUUGUGGUUGCGCGAGUGAAGAAUCCCAUAAAGAGUUUCCAACGUAACACUGUAACCUCAUAAGUGAUGAUGUUAUGAGUUGAGGAUCAAACUUUGGGUAUAUAUAUAUAUAUAUCAAUUCUAAAGGCAGAUGACAUUCUACUACGGCCCAAAACAUAUGUGGAGAGACUCAAAGUUUGAUGGACCCGUAGUGGACUAAUUGUCGUUCGGAGUAAAGGGUUUUGGGAACGGUCAAUUAACCGCGUGAUCGUGCUUUUCAAUUGGGGCCCGUCAAGGGACAGACGUCAAGCCAGUGACCCCCGCACACGUUCCCGCAGCAAAGGUUGUACGCUUUCACACGUGGAAAAAGAUACACAAUAAUGUACACUUGCACUAUAGCCUGCACAUGCACUGAGUCACGAAA